CGCCGCGGUCCGCGGAGGCUAAGUCUACAAAUAAGCAAAUAAUCAUACAUCACAAAAAAGAGUACUUUUGCCUUCAUCACGCCAAAGUGGUUAAAGCCCUUGGAUUUAGCCCGGCCCUAGCGCUGUGGUCCAGAGACCAUGAGCCGCGAAACCGACGACGCCUUGCGGCAGGCCAUCGCCGCGAGCCUGGCGGACCAGGCGUCCCAGGACGCCGACGACGACCUGCGGCAGGCGCUGGAGGCGUCGAAGCAGGAGACGCCAUCGGAGCCGCCAAAGGACAUCGACGCGCUGACGGCCCAGGAGCGCGACGCCUUGACGAUCGACCAGCUCAACGGCAUCCUCAAAGAAGUGGAGACGACGCAGCCCAUGGUGGGCGAGCGGACGGGCGUCCGGGAGGCGCUCGGCGCCGAGUACGCCGACAACCCGCAGAGGGGCUUUUCCGAGGGCAUCGCGAGGCUGGACGAAACGUACGCGUCGCUGCGCCGCGUCCGAAAGGACGGCAACUGCUUUUAUCGGGCGUUUCUGUACCGCUACCUGGAAGAGCUGGUGCAGAGGAAUUUUGACGUGCCGCGGCCCCCCACUGGCAGCGGGAGCGCUGGCGGGGGCUGCGCCGAGCUGAGGCGCAUCCGAACCGUCGCGAAGGACUCGAAGGCGGCGCUGUUGAAGGUGGGCUUCGAGGAAAUCGUCGUCGACUCGUUCUGGGAGACCUUCUGCGAGCUCCUGGACAAUCUCCCGGAGACGUCGCCCCGAAGGCUCCACGAGCUCAUGACCGAGGAGGGCAACGACGUCACUUCCGUCGUCUGGUUCCUGCGCAUGCUGACGUCGGGCCGCAUCAAGGCGCACGCCGACCGCUUCGCGCCGUUCAUCGGCGACGACUUCGCCGACGUCGAGCGCUUCUGCCAGGUCGAGGUCGAGCCCGUGAACGUGGAGUGCGACCAGGUCCAGAUCAUCGUACUGACCCGCGCGGAAAUCAAAAUUUUACGGCGGCGCCCGACUCGCGGACUGAUUUCCGCCGCGCAGGCGCUGACCGAGGCCCUCGGCGUGGCCGUCGCCAUCGAGUACCUCGACGCGUCCGGCGCGCCGUCGCGCGUCGUCUUUCCCGACGGCGGCGAGCCGUCCGUCACGCUGCUCUACCGGCCGGGACACUACGAUAUUCUCUACGACAGGUGAGGUCUUUUUGGCUGGCUUACUUACGGGAAGUACCAAGUAAAUAGUUUAGUGUAACACCGCA